GGCGGCGGAGGCGCCUUUGGACGGUUUCCUAGUCAGCACCUGGGAAAAACAGACCGGCCUCUUCCGCUUCCCCCUGCCUAAUCCCGGUUUCUUACGGGUGCACACCCCCGGGCCACUUACCACGCGUUAGUCGCCCCUCCGCCUUCACUCAGCCCAAGUUUAUGUUUGUGUAUUAGGAAGGAAGGCCCACCGAGUUGAGGAACCCGCGUUGCAGGGCUCUAGGUGGAAGCGGAAUGACUGCUGAAUUGACUGCGGAGUGGAAACAGGAACGCGUACACGCCGAAUAUUUAAAGCAGAUUUCUCUUAGGACAGAGAGAGUGUGUGCCCUUUGAAUUGUGGUUUGCCCCUCGCAGAUCCACAAUUCUCAGCACACUCAACAAAUCAUAGAUUUGCGUGUGUGUUUGGGGUUGGGGGAUGCCUUUAAAUGUGUGGUGUAUGUAUGCAGCAUAUGUUUCAAACCCAGAUUGUGCCCCCUCAGUCACACUGAUUCAUCCUGCCUGUGGGGUUUGCAGGAAUGGCUUGGUACACAUUGUGCAAAUCUAUUGUCCCCUUGAAGGCUCACCAUUCCACCGCAUCAUUAAUGUGUUUGCUUGUGCAAUGGAAUGUUGCCGAGGGAACUCCAAAAGCUGGAAGGUGUUGCGAUCCCAAUAUUUGCAAGUCCAAAGAAAAGGAAUGCAAGACUGCAAAUUGAAGCAGAAGCAAGAAAGUCUGCUUGCAACCAAAGACUGGUGUGAAGAAGCAAAUGACUGGGGAGAAGAUGAUAAAAUGGCUGUUUCUGAAUGCACCACAGACCACAGCCUUGACUUACCUGCAGCAUCAAACUGUUUGCCCAGAGAACCACACUGUGUUGCCCAGUUCCAGGAUCUUAGCCUAGGAGAUGUCCCAGGUGUCUCCCAUCCUUUGCACUUCCAUCAUCCAGCUGGGGAAGAACAAGUCAUGCCCAGCUGUGUCCCUGUGUUCCAACCCUACUACAUCAGUGUUGUGGAAGAGGAGGACUACAUUGACUAUGAAGAUACGGGUCAUGCCCAACAACUCUUGAAGGAGUAUCAACAGAGGGAGGGUGUUGAUUUUGAUCAAUUGAUGUCAGAAAGUUGUACAUCUGAUGGCUGUGAUGAGAAGUACGAGAAGAGUGACGUGGAAAAGAGAGACCAAGUGUUCCUUAAGUUUAUGAAAAGGAUUUCUCUCUGUCGGGAACAGAUCUUAAGAUAUUCCUGGGGUGGCCAGCCUUUAUUUAUCACCUGCCCUUCAACAGACAUCAGGACAACAGUCCCACCUUGUAAUAACUGCAAAAGCAAGAGAAUCUUUGAAUUUCAACUUAUGCCCACCUUGGUCAGCAUGCUGAAGACCAGAGAUGAAGCUGAAAUACUAGGAUCUUCUGUGAAUAUCUUAAAUUAUUUUAAAUACAUUGAAACGGACAUUCAGGGAUUUAAAAACAGUAUCUUAAGAGAUUGUAUGUGUUGCUGUCCUGGCUCCCACCCAAGACCAAACGACAGAGGCGUAUUCUUGUAAGUGAAGAAGUAAACUUUUCUUAUAGUAGUUAACAGCACAAACUCAGCAGCUAGGAAAGAGCAGAAUUGAGUCCAGGUGCUCUUACAAGGCAAAGGAGUAGCAACAAUAAAUCUGGUCUUAGAACAGGAUAGCAGCAAGAGUUCCACGGCUACACAGGAGCUGCAAAGUUGUUCCAACAAGUUUCCCCACCUACCCACCAAGCUUUUAAGCAGAGGUGGAGAAAACUCAAGUUACUUGCGACAAUCUGCUUUGUGAGAUCUGCCAGAAAAAUGGACUACAAAUGCCUUAAAUAAAGAAAUAAUUCUUUUUAUACAACCUUUUUAAUUGUCUUUACAAAAGAAAGAGCCAUUUCAUUGUCUGUAUUUCUUUGACUUCUUUGAUCAACUGCAACAUAAUAUUAUAAUCUCCCCUAUGAAGAAUAUUUAAAACAAUUUGAAAGAAAUGCAUUCGGAGACUCACCAAUAUGUCCUUUUGUAUGGGAAGGCGGUAUGUGCUAUUUAUCAUUCAACGGUGGGGCAAGGAAAUUGUGCAUGAGACCUCAGGAAUUGGGAGUACUAGAGACAAGUCCCUAAAAUAACAUUUUCCCCCAAUAUCAACAAUCUCAAGCUUUAUGAUCAGCAAAGAGGCCUUCUGGGUGUUGCCCUGUGACAGGGCCUUCUUGGUAGCAGCUCCCCAUUUAUUGAAUGCACUCCCUGGUGAGGGGUGCUUGUCUCCCUCAUUAACAUUCAGGAGGAAUUUGGAGAUGUUCCUGUUCACCUCCACAUUUGAUGGCUGAAACAAACUGUUCCUGGCAAUCUUGAAAUUAUUAGGUGUGAGGAUGUUUUGUUUUUCAUUUUUUAAAUUGUAAUGUUUUGCUGCUUUAUUGUUUGCCACCCUGAGCACCUUUGGGCAAAAGGGGAGAAAAGGAAUUUAAUAAAUGAAUAAAAAGAUGUUGGAUGGGGUAAACAUGUGGCCUUGUGAAACUUCCUUGUGGAGGAUAGCCUGGUAGAGGGUUUAACACUGGGUCAAUAACCCAGUGCCCAUACGUGCCACAGCAUCUGCAAAGGCCUUCACUGGGGGCCCCAGGAAGGGGCCCCAGACCCUGAGCUUUCAUUUAAACAAAAAACAAGUCUCUAUCCCCCCUAAAAAGAAAGUUGUGAAGCAAAAUGUACAGGUAUCCUUCUAAAAGAUUUCUGUGAAAUGAACAAGCUUAGCUGUUCCCACUUGUCAGUAUGUUUAGCCAAUUAUUGACGUCAAGAGCUGUGAUCGAUAAGUGAGUUGUUUGGACACCAGGCAGUAGGGGUCCUAAAGAGCUCAUGUUAUCCCUAUCCUUUAGUGCUAUUUUCCUGCUUUUUUCAUAUUUUCUAUUGGUCCUUAGAAUCUCUGUAGUUUUUUCUUUGCAACCAGGAUGCAUCUUUCCUGUGGUGAGUUUGUCUGACUUUAGGUACUGCCUAGGAAAAGGGUCACCAACCUUUUUUGGAUCAGUGGCACAUUUCAAAUUCUGAGAAAGUGCUGUGGGAUGAUGUUAAAGAACUCCCUCCCCAAAUGGCAAAUGCAAAUGUGAAAAUUUUGCAAAGAGGCUUGGUGAUGUCCAAGCACUUACUAAGAAUUCACUGUAUAGUUUACUUACAGUUUAGUGGUAUCUGUGUUUAUACAGAAGUAAGUCUCUUUGUGCUGAAUGGGACUUACUCCCAGGUAAGUGGGUACAGGAUGGUAGCACAGGGUUUAGUUUAGGCUUUGAAUUGGAGAAAACAGGGUUCUUGUGAGGUUAUGUACUGUAUUUCCACAAUCAGAGCCAGCAGGACGUAGCUGAGUUCCCAUGGUAAACAUGAGGUUGUGCAGGGGGUGGGGGGAGAAGUAGCAGUGACUGUACUCUCUUGUGUAUUGCUAUGCCCCCGUGGCAGCCAUUUUGUGUCUGGAGCCCUCACCCCUCCCUCAACAUUUGACAUGCAGCUCCUGGUCCAAAAUGGUUGAUGACCCCCAGAUUUAACAUAUUGAACCAGCCUUUCUCAACCUGGUGCCAUCCAGAUGUUUUAGACUACAACUCCCACCAUCCUUUAUCAUUGGCCAUGCUGGCUAGGUCUGAUGGGGGUUUGCAGUCCAACACAUCUGGAGCGUACCAGGUUGUAGAAGGCUGACUUAGAUUGUAGUUCAACUUUUCUUGAAGUCAGAAUUACUGAAACCAGUGGGACUGCUCCAUAUCAGUGUUCUGAAAAAGACAGAUGUUGCUGAUCGUGCUUCCUUCCCCCAAGCUCUUUCCCAUGAGUGGAUGGGUGGGUUGUGGUUCCCCCUCCCCACCAGACAUGUCAGUAGAAUAAUGGUUUUUUCCCCC